AGCUUCUUGCCCUGCCGAGCCAUUGCCCAAGAACCCUAACCAUUCCCAAGGCUAAGCAUCAGCUAUCGUUUCCGAUCACGAAAUGGCAUCCUCAGCCGCCGUUAGGUCGUUGUUCCGUUCUUGCUCGUCUCGCUCCUCUGCUUUCCGUGUUGCAUCGGAAGCAAGAGCGACUCGUUCUUCAUUCCGCCUCGCAUCCAGAAAACCUUCAUCCCAUUCCACUGUCAGGUGUCCUGUCGAAUUGAGUUUCUGUGUGGAAUCCAUGCUGCCAUAUCAUACGGCAACUGCUUCAGCACUGAUGACAUCAAUGCUCUCCAUCUCUCGUUGCAGUUGUGGGUGGCUUCCUGAAGGUAGCUAAACAUCUGUAGGAUUCCUUGAUGUUCUUUCUUCAAUUUAAUCUUCAGAUUGCAAUGAUGAUGUGUGAUAAGUGUUCAGAAGAUUCGAGCAAUCUAUUAUGUACAAAUCAGCGUUGUGAAACCGUCACUGCUGAAAAACUAGGAGUUUUGACUGAGCCGUUGGAGGGGGAAGAUGGUAAAUUGGACUAUGAUACUUGAUGAUUAGACCAGCUGUACUUUUCUCUGUUUCAGACGCAUUAAGGUUGUUACCUAUAUCCAUGUCGCCCAUAGUGCUCAAAAUUUGGAACUCAGGCAGAUAACUGAAUAAUAAGGGGAAAAUGUGUCGCAAGUAUUGAAUAUUUAUUAAAUUGCUUUUGAAUUUAUCCUGAAUUCUCGUUGAAUCGCUUAAAGAUUUCGAUUACGAAGUAUGUGGUGAAAAUGAGAAUUCUGUAUUACGAAGAGAUGAUGAAAGUAUGAUGAGGGCUUAAGUAGGA